UUGAGCAAGUUUCGCCUGAGCGCGUUCGUCGUGAGCACGGCGGCGGCGGGGUUCGUGCUCGGCUCGCCGACGAGCAUGGACGCGGGAAAAUUAGCGGCGACGUGCGCGGGGACGAUGCUGUGCAGCGCGAGCGCGAACGCGCUGAAUCAGGUGGUGGAGCGGGCGCCGGACGGGACGAUGCGACGCACGGCGGGUCGGCCGUUGCCGAGCGGAAGGUGCGGCGCCGGGGUCGCGAUGGCGUUCGCGGGCGCGUGCGCGGUGAGUGGGGUGGGUGUUUUAGCGAUCGCGACGAACGAGACGACGACGGCGCUGGGGGCGGGGAACAUCGCGCUGUACGCGGGGGCGUACACGGCGCUCAAGCGGGUGCACUUUCUGAACACGUGGGUGGGGGCGGUCGUGGGGGCGAUUCCCCCGCUCAUGGGUUGGGCGGCCGCGAACGAGCUCGGGACGUUGGAUCCAGGGGCGUUCGUGUUGGCGUCGGCGCUGUAUUUGUGGCAGAUGCCGCAUUUUAUGGCGUUGGCGUACAUGGGGAAGGACGACUACGUCAACGGGGGGUAUCGCAUGUUGUCGCAUCCAAUGUUUGACAAAACGGGACGUCGCGUCGCGGGCGUGGCGGUGAGAAACUCGUUGGCACUGCUCCCACUCGGCGUGUUAGCGUGCGCGAUGGGGGUGACGACGUCGCCGUUCGCGUACGAGACGCUCGCGCUCGGCGCGCCGCUCGUCGCCGCGGCGGCGGCGUUUUACGCGGCGCCGUCGUUUCCAGCCGCUCGGCGCAUGUUCUUCGGCUCUCUGCUGUACUUGCCCGCGUUUCAAGCUCUAGCGUGUUUGCACCGAGUGCCUCGCGAUCACACCGUGGACGCGUACGAGUCUUUGAGGCAAGCCAGCGCCAAUUUCCCGUGGCACUGCGUGCCGUUCGCGGCGGCGUACGAUUGGUCGCCCGAACGAGAGAGAUUGAAGCAGUUCAGAUCGCGCGCCUUGGGACCGGCGCUGAGUGAAACCUCGGUUGCGCCGUUCCCUUUCCUGCCCCUGCCCAUCCCGAGUUGUCCGCACGACCGCGCCUACGCGCAGGGCGGCGAGUCGCGCGCUAGUUAG